GACCUGCCUUCUCUUCACCGUCCAGGGUUUUCCAUUGAUCCUGUGGACUGGGGACUGGCUCAGAGCUAGCAAGGCCGUAGCACUGUGCAGUUAAUGCGUCACAAGACUGUUUUUGCAUUGGCCUUACUCAAGGCUUUUGGAACCGCCCUCGGUUGCACCUUGUACUAUAUUAGUACUUCUCAGACAGGAAGAAUUUUCUUUUCGUGGUGUAGCUGGUCCGGUUACCUUCAGGAAGAUUGGAUAAUCAAGAAAUGACUAACCAAGAGUCUGCUGUGCAUGUGCAAAUGAUGCCUGAAUUCCAGAAAGAUUCAGUUCGCAUCAAGAACCCUCAAAGAGUAGAAGAAAUUAUCUGUGGUCUUAUCAAAGGAGGAGCUGCCAAACUUCAGAUAAUAACUGACUUUGACAUGACACUAAGUAGAUUCUCUUACCAAGGGAGAAGAUGCCCAACCUGUCACAAUGUCAUUGAUAACUGUAGGCUGGUUACGGAUGAAUGUCAAAAAAAGUUGUUGCAACUGAAGGAAAAAUAUUAUUCUAUUGAGGUUGAUCCUGAUCUUACUGUAGAACAGAAGUACCCUUAUAUGGUAGAAUGGUAUACUAAAUCGCACGGUUUGCUCGUUGAACAAGGGAUACCAAGAGACAAACUUAGAGAAAUCGUGGCCGAAUCUGAUGUUAUGCUUAAGGAAGGCUAUGAGGAUUUCUUUGACAAGCUCAAACAACACAAGAUCCCUGUGUUCAUAUUUUCGGCUGGCAUUGGAGAUGUAUUAGAGGAAGUUAUCCGUCAGGCUGGUGUUUACCAUCCAAAUGUGAAAGUCGUGUCCAACUUCAUGGAUUUUGAUGAGAAUGGUGUACUCAAAGGGUUUAAAGGAGAACUAAUUCACGUAUUUAACAAGCAUGAUGGUGCCUUGAAGAAUACAGAAUAUUUUAAUCAACUUAAAGAUAAUAGCAACAUAAUUCUGCUGGGAGACUCCCAAGGAGACUUAAGAAUGGCAGAUGGAGUAGCCAACGUUGAAAACAUCCUGAAAAUUGGAUAUCUAAACGAUAGAGUGGAUGAGCUUUUAGAAAAGUACAUGGACUCUUACGAUAUUGUUUUAGUAAAAGAGGAAUCACUGGAGUUAGCCAACUCUAUUUUACAGAAGAUUCUGUAAGCCAGCGUUCUACAAGAAGACCUCUGUCGUGGGUGCAGUCGAUGCAAGAGCUGCUGAUCCGUCCGUCUCACUCCAAGACUCGUGUUCAUGAUGUGUUCUUGCUCUUGAAGUGUCCCCUUCUAUCUGAAGUAUUGCUCAGACCCAUUGAAACCAUCGACUAGAAAAACCCUUAUCUCCAUCUUCUCAAUACACUCCUUAUCAUACAUAUAUAUAUUU